AUGAUUUCUGAUUUAAUCAUUAUUAUCAUAAUUAUUUGUUCUUUUGAAUUAUAUUCAGUAUUAACAAAUGAUAUUAAUUUAAUUCAUACAGAAGAAAAUAUCCUAUAUUCACAUUUAAAAACUCCAUCGGAUUUAAAUUUAUUUUAUCAGAAACUUCUUAAAUCAAAUGAAAUUGAUGAUAUAACACGUAUUCAUCGUAUUAUAACUCAGGACGAUAUUCAACAAUUCAAUUUUGAAAAUAAGUCUUCCAAUGAUCUAUUGAAUGCAUUCAAUAUCAAAGCAGAUAAUAUCAGUAGUAAUUUAACUCGUAUUGAUUUGUAUCAAUUAUUACCAGCUUUAGUCAAUGUCAAAUUUAAUGAAGGAUGUACUAAAUCAGGAGGACGUGUCACAUGGAAAAAUGUUUUAAUUGGUUUAAUUACUGUAACAUUUAUAAAUUGCUCAGCUCUUUGUGGUGCUAUUAUAUUACCAUUUCGAAAUAAACCAAUAUUUAAAUGGAUACUUAGUGCAUUUAUUGGCUUAGCUGUUGGUACACUUACUGGAUCAGGAAUAUUUCAUUUAAUACCUAUGGCAUUUAAUAUUCCAGAUUUAGAUAUUCAUCAUAGUUAUCUUAAUAAAGCUCUUAUAUCUAUGAUAAUUAUUUAUAUAUAUUAUAUGCGUGAUCAAUUAUUGAGAAUUUUUUUUAAUAUUGAAACUAUUGUUUGUACACAUACUCAUGGAGAAGAUGAUGCAUUAACAAAGCCAAAUUCUCAUGUUGAUUCUAUUCCUUCAAUGCUUGAUAAUUCAAAAGGUGUAUCUCUUAAUUCUGCUAAGGAACCAGUAUUUCACAAACAUCCACGUGGAUUAAUUCAAAAUUUAAAAAGAAUGAAAGCAGCUGGAUGGAUGAUAUUUAUUGGAGAUAUGUUACAUAAUUUCAUCGAUGGUUUAACAUUAGGUGCUGCAUUUAUGGUAUCCAUUGGUGAAGGUCUUCAAGUAUCUUUACCAAUAAUAUUUGAAGAAUUUCCUCAUGAACUUGGUGACAUUGCAGUUUUACUUAGUAGUGGUUUAACUAUUGGACAAGCAUUAAUAAUGAAUUUUUUAUCUGCAUGUAGUUGUUAUUUUGGUUUUAUAAUUGGUGCUAAAUUAGGUGAACUCGAACACUUUCAUCCAUGGAUUUAUGCAUUAGCUGGUGGAAUGUUUGUUUAUAUUGGUCUUGCUGACAUGAUUCCAGAACUUGUAGCCAUGGGUGAUGAAAUUGAAAAAGAUUAUAUUGAAGCAAAAAAACCAAUAACAACUGUUUUUAAGCUCAAGAUAUUAAUAUGUCAGAACAGUGGUUUAAUAUUAGGAUUUAUUAUAAUGUUUUUUCUUGGAAAAUACGGUGAACAUUUAGAAAAUUUAGUCAAAUCAUAA